AUGUCAACUUACGACUAUGUUAAUAAUGACUUACAGCACUUUGCUGAGGAACAAUUAAGAUCAUCAUAUGGAGAGGAGAGGAAACUUACUGAAUGGGUUGAUUCCAGAACACUAAAGUCAAAGAGAUUCAAGAAGAGGAUCAUAGUCGUUGGUUCAUACCGUCUACUCAGUCUCAAGAAGGGCAAGAUUGGUCUAUCAUUAAACCAUACUCUUCACUUCUAUGACAUCUCCGACUUGAUCGUUGUGGAGGAUACAAUUGAAGUCCGAUUGAGGGCUUCAGCACACAAUACAAAGAGCGCAAAGGAGGAGCAUGGUAUAUUGAUCAGGUCAUCAAAGGAUAUAUUACAGAGGAUAUUAUAUCACAUUCGUGAACAGAAUAGGAUCAUCUCAUAUGGACUGCCAUCCGAUCACUGGUCCUUCAGACUGUCGGCAUCACAGGACUACCUCCUGACUCUGCCCGAUAAGGAGAUCAGCAUUGCCGAGCAGUUCAACGAGGUAUACAAGGGACUGUGCAACUAUCGCAACAGCCCACCCAGCUCAGAGGUGUGUCGACUGGUCGAGCGAUACGUCAGCGAUCAGGUGACCGACUUUGACCUGACCAAGUGUCCCGGUCUCGAGGGCAGGAGCGACCUGUCGUUCAACAUUGAGUACGUGUUGGAGACGCUCAAGUAUAACAACUACUUCACAUCGGUGAUCGUUGGAGGAAUGUCACAAAAGAAUAUAUUGUCGGCCAUUGGAGAGGUGUUGCACAUCAAUAGGAACAUCAGAAAAGUCAGUGUCAGUGGUGUCAACGAGGAUCAAUCACUCUCAUUGGUUGGUCUUGGUCUGCUCAACAAUCCAACAAACACCAUCCAAGUGUUGGACUUUAGUAAUAACUCAUUAUCACAAUCAUCAAUUGGUCAAUUCUUUGAUGGAUUGGAGUCACUCAGACAUACACUUCAAUAUUUGAACCUGUCCAAUUGUGGACUCAACUCUAGGAGCAUUGAACUCCUGUUCACAUCACUCUCCAAGAAUGUAGAGUUGUCCUACAACUUGGAGUAUCUCAAUCUCUCUGGCAGUAAAUUCGAAGAGAUUGGAUCAUUCCAAUGUGGAAACUGGAUAACAAAGAUCAAAGGAUCAUAUCAACUGAAGAAGUUGUACCUUUCAGCCUGCCAGCUCAAUUUCAUUCAGUUGGGUCCACAACUUAGAUUGCUGACAGAGUUGAGGACACUUGACCUCUCACAUAACAAGAUGGAGAAGGCAGAGAUUGAGGAAGUCAAUCAAAUAUUCCAAACAUACACAAUGCUCGAGUCAAUAGAUCUAUCCGGUUGUGGAAUAUCAAAUGAUCACUUCCUCUAUCUAACCAGUACACUGGCAAAGAAUCCACAUAUUGAGGACUUGACAUUGAACCUCUCACACAAUGGUCUUGGAAAGAAUGUUAACUUCAUGGUGACAGCAUUUGAGUUUGUGUCUGUGAUCAAGAGUCUGGACAUCACUUCCAAUGGCAUUGGAAUGAGGGGACUCACAAGAUUGUUGGAGGCACUCAGAAAGAAUGAUAGCAUCGAGGUCUUGAAGUUGGACAAUAACUUUGUUGGUACAUCGAGUGAAGGAACAGAGUUCUUUACAGAGUUGAUGAACUUCUUGCAGAAGAAACCAUCGUUGAAGACAUUGUCGUUGGCUGGAUCUUCAUCUUGCCACAUUCCAGGAAGAUUGAUCAAUAACUUCCUCACUCAGAUGGUCACCAAUACGACCAUUGAACAUUUGAAUAUUAGUGGACACUCGGCUGGUGAUUCUGCCGCCCCAGCACUUGGCAACCUGCUUGAGAACAACAUCACACUCAAAUGUUUGGAUAUUGACAGGAAUCACUUCACGGUUAACGCCUUCCAGGCAAUAUUAUUGUCACUCCAUGAUAAUCGAUCACUCGUCCACAUACCAUUCCCAAGCUCUGACUUUGAGAAGGCGAUCGCCAUGCUCAGCUCAAGUAAGAAGCCAACACUAUUCAACACGAUGCACAAGAUACAGAUGAUCCUGGAGGAGAAUGGAACUUGGCCAACUGUCAAUGAGCACUUCUAUCCUACGCCCAUCAGCGACCCUCAGCCAAUCACCCACAGCAGUGCCAACAACAGGUACACUACCAACAUAGCGCCACUCCAGCAACAACGAUCAACAAUGAUCAUUAACAACAGUGCUGCCUCAUCCGCUGCUGCUCAAGAGAGGCCAAUCUCACCUGUCAAGCAAUACGAGUCAAGUCCAUCCGUGGUCGAGGAGGAGGUGUAUGUCCAGCCACAAGUUCAACCACAACCAAUGAUACCGGUACCAGCGCUGCCCCAACAACCGCCACCCCGCAACUCAUUCAAGCCACUUCCACAGCCAGGAGGAGGUGGUGGAGGUUCGACCAUUAAUCUCUCAGCUCUAAAGUCUAGACCUGUGCCUCAGCCAGGUGGCGGCACACUCCCAGCCUCGUCAUCCAGUGGCAUCGUUCCAAGACAGACACCACUAAUCCCUGUACUACCACCUCCACAAAGGUUCACCAAGCAACAACAACAACCAACCUACGAAGACGACGAAUACGCAUAA